AUGGAAGCUGUCUACAGAAAGUGCUCCGAGAUAGCAGUUCAUAGCGAGCUACAGCGCGGUCUUGAGCCAUUUGUAUACUGGCAUGUCACCCAGUCCGUUCGGGAAGGUUAUCGCCCAGACGCUAUCGGAGAGUUUCAGAGGCUUGCCGAAGUAGAGGCCCUCGUGCUCGAGCGCAGAUCCACCGCACGCGACAGGACCCUCGGCUACUUUGUCUCUCUGCUCCACCACUACCUUGCACCUCAGUCCGAUCCGGGCGAUGCUGAUGUCGACCAAGCUGUCACGGCGCUCCACGCAGAUCUGCACAGGGACAGUAAACCGAUUUCGUCCACAGACUUCCUUACUGAUACCGCCAACAUUUAUGAAUAUAUCAAAGAGCAAAAGCAAGACAACGACUUGCUCGCCGACGAUCAUGACGGGAGCCAAGGGAAUGCAUAUGAAGCGAAGCUGCAGUGGAACGUCGCCUUUCAGAAUGCACUCGAGCUGACUCGUGCAGCCUACAUAGAAGCGUGCCAGCGCUUCGCCCAUCGCUUCGCCCUUGGAACCCAGGCCGAUUUCGCUCUCGUACACCUUCUCACCAGCACUGAUCUAGCCCAGCUCGCUUCCAAAUUCCGCGCUGGGCCUCGCCACGUUGCUGCGCCUCGUUUCAGUACUAAUGGUGAGGAGGCAUCAGCUGAAAGUUGUCGCGACGGGCGAAUCGAUAGCACCAGCCACACUAUCGCGAAUUCCUUGCCCACCUUUGAUCCAGAGCAUGUCCUUAAUGCCGGCCAGCAGUUUCGAGCUGCUUGCAUUGGCCGACUACGCCAACAUCAGCCUUCUGCUGAUCGUGCCUUGGCAGCUGGCACGGAACUCGAAGUCGUCCUGUCCGAGGCACUCAACCUCGAGACGAAUCCGGAACGGCUUGUCGAGCGUGUACGUCAGCAAUGGACGACACGUAUUCUUGAGUCAUCGUCACUUUCUGCCACUGACGAUCAAGAAGCGACCAUUCGAGGUGCUAAAGAAAUGCUCAGCUCCGCACUGCAAAUCCUUGGCCAACGUCAAGGCAGGCGCAACCUGACUCUUCGGAUCGAUGCUCUGAACCUACGUGGUCACACCAAUAACCAACUGGCUGCCCUAAAGCUACGGCACCGAGCAAACUACCUCAGCCUUGCCAUCGCUGAUUGGUCCGAGAGCUCUCAACUCGAUCCCAGCCAAAACGACAUCAUCCAACUUUUGGCCAAGACCCAAGCUGGUGCAGAGUCCUCGCCGAACGGUAUCGCGGCGGAGUCGGACGAAGAGCCGGUCAGCACGGAUAACACGCUUUCAAAUGAGUCCUCGACUCUGAAGUCCAGCUUGAUUGCCUCUCGCCAGAAAACUGUUCCGCCACAGACAGCAGCUGUAUCGAUACAGAAAGGCGGAAAGGUAGCAGUAAGCUCGACGUCCAAGGCAGCAAAAGGCUCGAAUGGUGCCAAGCGGCCAAGCUCGGGAGCCAAGAGCGGCAAAGACUCGAGCACGUCACGAGAAAAGACGAUCCUCGAAUCGCCUUUCUUCCGCUCCGACCUGGUUACCGGACUCAUGGUGGACUCCGUGCUAGCGCUUGCUUUCCCUCACCGGGCUCUGCGUGAAACGCUCCGUCUACCAUCGGCUUGCGAAAUUACAGGUGCGAGUCAAGACCACAAGCCCAUGCUCGAUCGUCUCGCCGAAUCGCACCACCAGACAACCAAAGCUCUGACAGCAGAGAACAAGGAGCAGCUCAGAGCCGCCAUCAAAGCCGUCAGCGCCGUGCUGGCGCUUCCUGACCUGCAGCAGGUGACGCGUAACGAUUUACCCGCAAAAGCUUUGCAAUAUACCAGUCUCCGUCUUGUGCUUGGCACACUGCAUCUGCUGCUCAAUGAGUUGGUCAAAGCUCAGACGGAGCUCGAGCUUGUCUCGAAUGCACUCAAACCAAAGACACGCGCCCCCAGACGUGUCGACGAGGAGCAAACGUCGACGACUGCGGGUGGCAUAGCUGGCGUGAUGUCCAACGGCGGCGGCCGCGGCGGCGAACAGGACGAGCUUGCCAUCCCGCGCAUGCAAACGCGUGUACAGGGACAGACGCUCUUUCUGCUGGCCAAAACGUGUUGGAUGGCCAACAAGGUUCAGGAAGCGAUCAAGUUUUUCCGUUGGUUUGCCAAAUGGUAUUUCGAGCAGCAGACAGAGCGAACUGCUGAACGCAAAGAGGCUGAUCGCGACGAGCGAGGCGGCCAGGUGGAUCAGGCGCUGAUGGUUGACCUUGACGAGAUGGAUAUGGGUUGGUGGGACAAAGUUGUCGUCGUGACCAAAACGUGA